AUGAAGAAGCGGCGGGUCGGCUAUUUGUUUGCUUUUUAUUACAUGGGGAUAGAGUCCCGCAUAUAUGUCAUGAAAGACCUGGUCAGCCUCGCGGCUUGGGAUAUGAUUUGGAUGAGGAACGUGCAUCUUUCUUUCGGUGUCGCUUACCGUCCUACAGAGACGAUAGGGGAUAGUGUUGCGUCAGGAACCAGCAUCCCCUCCCCUGCCUUCUCUGGAGGCAAUGCUUUCUUUCUGAUACUGGAUAUCAGACGGGUGAUUCGAUUCGUCGGAUCUGAAAGGAGGGUAGGUAUUGCGACGGGGUGA